CCUGCGCGCUGCGCUGGGAGCCGGGGGGAGCCCCUCCGGGCCUCCUGCCCAGAAGAGUCAGUUUUCUCCUGUGGAGGUGCACAGCUUUAGCCUCGAUUUCCUGGAUCUGGUAACAUGGCAAAAGAUGCCGGUCUGAUUGAAGCCAAUGGAGAACUGAAGGUCUUCAUAGACCAGAGCCUGAGUCCCGGGAAAGGCGUGGUGUCCCUGGUGGCCGUGCACCCGUCCACAGUGAGCACACUCGGGAAGCAGCUCCUGCCGAAGACUUUCGGACAGUCCAACGUCAACAUCGCCCAGCAAGUGGUGAUCGGCACACCUCAGAGACCCGCGGCCUCCAGUGCCAUCGUGGUGGGAAGCCCACACACGCCCAGCACACACUUCGUGUCCCAGAACCAGCCCUCUGAGUCCUCGCCCUGGUCUGCCGGGAAACGCAACAGGAAAGGGGAGAAGCAUGGCAAGGGCCUGCGGCACUUCUCCAUGAAGGUGUGCGAGAAGGUGCAGCGCAAGGGCACCACCUCCUACAACGAGGUGGCCGACGAGCUGGUGGCCGAGUUCAGCGCCGCCGACAACCACAUCCUGCCCAAUGAGUCGGCCUACGACCAGAAGAACAUCCGGCGGCGCGUCUACGAUGCCUUGAACGUGCUGAUGGCCAUGAACAUCAUCUCCAAGGAGAAGAAGGAGAUCAAGUGGAUCGGACUGCCCACCAACUCUGCCCAGGAGUGCCAGAAUCUGGAGGUGGAGAGGCAGCGGCGGCUGGAGAGGAUCAAGCAGAAGCAGUCACAGCUCCAGGAGCUCAUCCUGCAGCAAAUUGCCUUCAAGAACUUGGUGCAGAGAAACCGCCAGGCGGAGCAACAGGCCCGACGGCCGCCCCCGCCCAACUCGGUCAUCCACCUGCCCUUCAUCAUCGUCAACACCAGUAGGAAGACGGUCAUCGACUGCAGCAUCUCCAAUGACAAGUUCGAGUAUCUGUUCAACUUCGACAACACGUUCGAGAUCCAUGACGACAUAGAAGUGCUCAAGCGCAUGGGCCUGGCCUGCGGGCUGGAGUCUGGCAGGUGCUCCGCCGAGGACCUCGAGGUGGCCAGAAGUCUGGUACCCAAGGCUCUGGAACCCUACGUGACAGAAAUGGCUCAGGGAUCCAUCGGAGGUGUGUUCCUCACCACAGCAGGCUCCACCUCCAACGGCACAAGGCUCUCUGCCAGUGACCUGAGCAAUGGUGCGGACGGGAUGCUGGCCACAAGCUCCAACGGGUCUCAGUACAGCGGCUCCCGGGUGGAGACCCCUGUGUCCUACGUCGGGGAGGAUGAGGACGAGGAGGACGAGUUCAACGAGAACGAGGAGGAGGACUGACCCUGCAGGUCCCCACCAGCUUCACGGGACGCUGCGCAGAGGAGAGAAGCUGCUUUAGUGUGGGGUUGUGUUUCUUUUUGGCUACUCCCAAGAAGAUGAUGCUGGUCAACCACGGAAUCGAGGAGCAAGGACUGCCCGGGUCCCCACCCUGCCGCGGACGCCACCACCCCUGCUGACGCGGCGCCUGCACUUACGUCCACGGGAGUCCAGUCCUGCCCGACAGUGCUCGCUGGGCCUGCUGAGCCGUGCUGUGCCCGCCCAGCAGUGCUCACUGGCUGUCUCCGUGGACGUGCCCAGCAGCUCGUUUGCAGUGUCAAGGGCGCCAUCAGGAGACCCAGAAGGUCUCCCGUCUCAGGCAUGCAGCGUGCACAGGACAGGCCUGAGGGCGGAGACCUUGCGACUCGCUUCUCCGUGAGCUCCACCGGCCCCGCGGCCUGCGCGCACACUUCCUCUCUACUGCAGCCACAGAUCCCAAGUCCUUCCUUCUCUGUGUGUUCUUGGGUAAGUUUACAGCUACGCUGGUGCAGCUCGGAAACUGUCCGGAAGGUUCAUUGCUUAUGGUAAAAUUUGCCUGAUUUCUUACAGGCAGCGUUUGGAAACUUUUUAUUCUAUAGUUGUUUACAUACUUAUACGUCUAUCAUUUAAAGACAUGUACUGAAACAAAUGUUGUAUUUGUUUCUGAGCAUCUUCCUGUAAUCUAUUAUAAAGUUGAAAUUAAACAUAGAGAAUGUUUUAACAGUUUUUUAACUCAAAAUUUGUCAAUCAUUUUUAAUAGUUCUUUUUUUAUAAACAGAAAAAGGAAUUUAAGGACAGGCAGUAGUCUCUUUUAAAAUUUAUUCACAGAAAACCGUUAACUGCACAGUUGCUGUUAGCUGCCUGUUCUGAAACAAUAGUCUUUUUAUUGAAACACAAAUAAAAUUUUCUGUAAUAUUUUAUGGAAUAUGAAGAGACUUUAAUUGUUUGACCUGUUUAACUUGGCACUGUUAGUUUUUAUUAAUAAAACGCGCAUGGGCAUUUUAAA